AAAUCUUUCCCAGUGGCUGUAAAGUUGUAUGCUCAGGGGUUUCGUAGCGCUCGGAACACGUUCAGUCAUUUUCCCUCGCAAAUCGUUCCGUUGCUGGAAUAGGAACAGUUGCGCGAAUCGUGGGUGCUACAUAAAUUAGUUCGACAAAAGUGUUGAAGUGUGCUUUACCCAGAGUGGUGAUUUUUCGAAGAAAAUACGUGAUUGUAACCGAUUGCCGUGUGUCCGAAAAGUGCUCGCUCAGAGGCUAAAAAGGUAGUGAACCUAGCCGCCAUUUUGCAAUCGACAUUCAAUAUCCCGGCAAAAUUAGUGUCAAAACCCCGUUGACAGGCGCUCAUGUCCGACGUCGUGACGACAUAAUUGGGUGCGAAACUAGUUCUGUGUUUCUCUUCAAGAUCCAAUUGGGCGUUCAAGUUGGAUCCCGGCGAUGGGUUUGAUGCAACUUUGAAUAGUUGUGCUGAAAUUUAAUUGAAUUCUGGUGUGAACCGAUAGAACAGAAAAAUCGUACAACGGGUCGAGAGAAGUGUGGAAGAGAAGAUCAAGGGCUCUCACCAACACAAACCAAGGGGAGAAUUCAUCUGGGAGAGCGGGAACCAAUCGGAAGCGAGUAUUUUGAAUUUUAAUGCAUGAACUUUGUUUGUGCAACACCAACACAUCCCCGAUACCGGCCGCGCGUGUGUUUGCCGUAGAACCAUCUAGGGACGAAGAACCUCCGUUGAAAUUGGUGUUCCCUCCAUUCCUGGAGUUUAGUUGAGUACGAGAGUGGUCCGUAUGAAGAGUGUAGUGCGCGCGAAAAACGAUCCCGAUACGAUUCGCUGCUGUGUUGUUUCUAUGCCUACUACCCCUCCCUGCCGAUUUGAACCGAGAGGAUAUUGCCGUUUGACGGGUGCGCGCUGAGAAGACGAAAGCUGGUGUAAAGCAACCGGAGAAGGAUAAUCUCUCAGAAAGUGGGGAGAAUAUUUUGUUUUGAGCUAAUGAGUAAAGAAGAGGGAAAACGUGAAACAAUCCAGCAGGCGGAAAUAUAAGAUAAAUAUUCUUAGAGGAAUAUAAGUGUGUACACGAUUAUAAGUUUAUGACCCAUUUUGACACCGAGCGCUAAAAUGUUCGAAUUAGAAGAGAUGAGUAGCGGAUUCCAUGACGUGUUACUUAACAAGUACAGUGACACGGCACCGAUCAUGGACCUGUAUAUCUCGGACUCGAUGCAGGACAUGCUGGACAUCGACAUCAAAUCCGAGGUGGCCACGGUAGUAGGUGGUGUGAAUGAGUUCAGCUCGCUGAUGAAUUUCGAUCUGCCCUCACUCGAGCUGGACACGAACUCGAAUGACGCGGAGAGCGGCUGGUGCGGCGGUGGCCCCACCAGGUGGUCUUCUAGUGAUAUUUAUGCCGACGUGGGAGCCUGCGUGAACCCAAAUUCCGUCAUGCCGGUCAUUUCAUCCACAGCACAGUCACUGCUCAAGAGUCCGAAGCAGAACGUGAAUCUCAACACGACCGUCAGCCCGCUGAAUGAUCCGACGCUGCCCAGCCCGAAGGAGCGGAAGAGUCAUCUCACCUUCUCUCCCCACACCAUCAAGGUUCCGGUGGUGGUACCGGAGGCGAAGAAGCCGUCACUGCUGACAACGGGGCUGACACAGAUACAGCGGGUGAAUGCGGCCGAACAGGUUAAGAAGGAUCUUUCGAAUCAACUGCAGAAAAACGAAGCGAACAAGAUUAUUGUGAGGAAUCAUUCGCAGCCCACCAAUGGCCCCUCGAGUCCGAGCCUUGGCGUUGGAUUGGGCAAAGGCAAUACCAUCAAACUGGCGGCAGGCAUCGGAGGACUUACCUUCGCUAAUGGAGUUCAGUUUAAGAAUCUCAAACACGUGCAAAAAAUAACUUCGAUUGCUGGCGCUAAUAAUCUAACCGGUCUCAAACGCCCCUCUAGUCCAGCUGGAAAUGGCAACGGGACCACCAUCCCCACCAUCCAGCCAGGCCAGACACAGUUGAUUAGCUUGAACGGAACCACGCAGAAAGUUUUCAGCCGCAGUAUAAUCGUCCAAAAUGGAAGCAAACCGUCCAACGUGAUGCAGAUUGCCAAUGGCAAUAUAAUCACCACAACAACGCAGAAGGCAAAACCGAAACCAGUGGGAAACGAGUUCCCCAAACCGGCCUACUCCUACUCCUGUCUGAUUGCGAUGGCCCUCAAAAACUCCCGCUCCGGAUCGCUACCGGUGUCGGAAAUCUACAGCUUUAUGUGCGAACACUUCCCCUACUUCAAAACCGCUCCCAACGGUUGGAAGAACUCGGUGCGGCAUAAUCUCUCGCUGAACAAGUGCUUCGAGAAAAUCGAAAAACCCGUGACGAACGGAGGCCAGCGAAAGGGUUGUCUGUGGGCGAUGAAUCCGGCGAAGAUCACCAAGAUGGACGAAGAGGUGCAGAAGUGGUCCCGCAAGGAUCCGAUGGCGAUACGGAAGGCGAUGGUCCACCCGGAACACUUGGAUGCCCUGGAGCGGGGUGAAAUGAAGCAUGGCUCGACCGGGGAUAGUGACGAGGGCGAAAAUGACGACGGUGACACCGAGGAUCAGUCCGACGUGGAGGAGGAAGAAGAGAUCGAGGCGGAGGAGAUUGAAAUCGAACAGGAGACGGAGGGAGACAGCUUCAUCAUAAACACGCCCGAAUCGAUGGAGGAUCCCGAGGUUGAGGAGGUGGACAUGGAUUUCGAUAUGGAGGUUCCCGAAUUUUAUGACGACAUCAACGUUGACUCGAAGGAAGGCUACACGCUUGAAUUCGUGCAGAAGGAUUUACUGACCCUGAACGACGAAGACGAAUCGGUUUACAUUUCUUCACCUCAACCAAUUCAGCAGCAGCAACAGCAGAAACAACAUCAACUGUUGUCCUUCCAGCAGAUCCAAUCCGCCCCCAAACGAGCCCGACUCGAUGUAAAUUAUUCCAUUUCGCCCGCAUCAAACGCCACCAACGGUGUCGGUACCAUAGCAGUAAAUGGUACAAACGGCGUGACGACAACUACAAUCAACCAGAUCCAUCUGGGGAGACAGCAGUUCCAAUUUGCCACCAGUGGGCACCAGCAGCAGCAGCAGCAGUUCCAACAGAUCCAACAGCAGCAGCAGCAUCACAAUCGGCGGAAGACUCCCCUGGUCACGCGAUUAGCCUAAGCGAAACCCAUUUGUUCCGUCGGAAACACCUUCCCGCGAGAAGUCCUGUCCUGUUCUGAGUGUGUUUAUUUGGCUUCUCUGACCAUCUUCCCAAACCAAAUUCUUCUGUGAGAACGAAGCGUUUCAUAUUUUUAUAGUAGCACUAAUUCAGAUUGACACACUGCAUUUUUGAGAACAAGAGAACAGAACAAGAAAAUCGACUUAACUAUUAAGAUCUCAGUUAAGAGCUUUAACUAGUAAGCAAACGGCGAGAGCACCAACAGACAGAGCGACAAGAACCAGCGGGGAAACAUUGAAUGGACGGUCUCUUCGUGUAAUAUCAUCCAAAAUGUGAUACAAUUUUGUGGAAGUUUUUUUUUUUUCAUAUUUUCCGUUCAUUUACGUAUACAACAUCAAUAACUUUUUUUUAGUUGAUUAAAGUCAGUCUCGCUCUCUCGCUGUAAGAUAAACGCGUAUUUUUAGUAUAUAGUUUCCUUGAUGGGAAAGAUGUCGGGGGGUGAUUCUGGUCGGCCCCUGGUCUUGCAUCUGGCGAUGUUUUCGGUUUUUGCACACGCGCGCUUCAUAAAGCAAGCACACGAGUAGAGGAAAGAACACACUGCCAGCAAGUAGCUUUUUAGUUGUUGUUAAGCACCAGCCGCAACUUCGCCUACGGUCCAUUGCCAACGGCCGAGCAGGAGUUAACACUUAGCGAUAGAUGUAUUUUUUUUGUUGUUUUGAACAAAUUUGUUAUAGGAUUUCCGUUGCUGGAACACGGAAGCAUUUCUUUCUUCAAAAGAAAAGAUAGCUCUUAGUAGACAAAACGGGUGGAAGAAACUCGGGGGGUUUUCCGGGUUUGAGAAAACUGGAGAACCCCCCGAGAUUUUGCACCAUAUCGGAUCAAUUUUUCGUUGUAAAAUUGUAAAGACGAGCGGUUUGUUUCACCUCAGACACAGUGGUAUUCUCUAAAGUCCUUCUCAUUUUGAGGAGAUCUAUCGAUUCCCACCACCUGACGGGAAACCCACGCUUUUUCCCAUCAGGUUCGUUAGAAUCGUAACACCCUGUGUGACAACCACAACUAUCUGUAGUGAAACAAUCCUUUUUUUCCAGAGUACAAUUUCCCUAAGUUGUUUUUUCAUACACACAUUCAUCAAUCAAUUCCGGAGGAGAGUCGCUUUCCACCGACCCAUUCAUUCAUUCAUCAACCGUUGUAAAUAUUUGUUGUAAAAGGUACAAAUAUCAUUUCUGUAAAGUAUUUUUUUUCUAUAUUUUUGUCGUUCAACAAGAUUUAUUCUCUUAGUUAAAAUGUCCGCGCGCGUAUGUAGAUAAGCUUAACCCCUUCUCGGCGCUGUACAGUUUUCGAUCUGUGUCCCCGUAUUUAUGCUUCUCUCUGUGGGAUGGCAUUCAUGUACAGAACAUCUCUCAAAUGCCAUCCUUUUGAAGUAUGUUGUCCCCACGCAACACACUUUGUGCAAGUAAUUGACGAACUAACAGCGAGAUAUUCGGAGAAACAAAUGUCACCAGUGCAGUAUUCUUGUGUGUAUUUAUUAUAAUCAAAGGCAAGCACUCGUCAUAGUGAAUUUUAUUAUAAAUGUCGAUUUCUUUUUCUCGAAGAGAAAAUAGCGAAAAAGCACAGUGCCACGCAAAUAUGUAAAAUAAUACUAUCUCAUCCCUCGGAAGAACACAGAAUCAAAUCAGUACAAAAUUUAAAUCAAUUAUAAGGAAAUACUUCGGAAUUUCGUUGUGUACAGCUUAGGGUGAGAUCCAGGAUAUUCCGAGCUGCUUCCCUCGUAAUGUAGAAUCUUCAGUUGUAAGUCAUAAUUUUAGUUCCGUUUCGCUCCGCGUGCAUAAAAUUCUCCAAGUUCCAAGAGUCCCAGAGCCACUACUUAUUUCAAACGUAUGCCAAUCAGCAUGAUUGUUCUUUUACUUAAUCCACAUUUGGCGUAAACCGUCUCGCUCUCCACAAAAUUAAAUUAAGCGAAGCUGCGAUAAUCUCGAGGACGACUUGGAGAACAAAAAUCAAAUUUGAUGGAAACACACAAACACUUUCAGAAAAAAGAACUCAUAACGCAUUUUUUCUUUUUGUAAAGGUGUAAUUUAACGAAAAAAAAAGAAUAGUACCAACACACACACGAUUAUAUUCUACACAGAAAGAGACAUUUUUUGUAUCAAAAAUAUGUAUUAAAAUUAAAGCAAAACAUACAAAAAAAAUGAAUUAAAUAAUAAA